UUGGGAUCUGAGAAUUUUCCGAUUAAGGCAGCAUCCUGCAGGGCUGUGAUUCCGGAUGCAAGCGGAACCAUUAAUCCAGACAAAAUUCGUGAUCAAAUAGAGGCCGUAAAAAGGCAGCUGGACGUCUUCCAACAGUUGAUGGCUGAUGCAAAAGGUGAACUGGACAUGGCAAAAAUGGAGGAAGAAAGUCAGUCAUCUGGUGAGUUACUUACAUCGUAUCUUACACUUCAGGAUUCUGCAGCAGUAGAUGACAUGUGCGAGCCAUCGCCUUCAUCUUCACACGCGGACUCUGAAUCGCCCAGAGAUCGGCGUCUACAUCACUGCACCCAUCCACACUGUGGAAAGGUGUACACAAAAAGUAGUCACCUCAAGGCUCAUUAUCGGACACAUACCGGUGAAAAGCCCUAUUCAUGCCCUUGGCCUGGAUGCGAAUGGCGAUUUGCUAGAUCAGACGAGCUCACGCGACAUUACCGUAAACAUACCGGCGAUCGACCUUUUAAAUGUGCUCAAUGUUCAAGAGCAUUCUCGCGUAGCGAUCACCUGAGUCUUCAUAUGAAACGGCAUUUUUGA